AUGAAGAUUGUUAAAAUAUACAAGAGCAACGUGCUACGGUAUGUCGACCAGGAAAGCAAAUUGGAGCUGGGUGGUGGUGUUGAGGCACGUUUACCAAAGCGAAGAAAGGUGGAUGAGCAAGAGUCGGCCCCGCAGGACGAAACCCACUUGUUUUCGCGGACGAUAACGAUCGAGGAGACGUCCAGUGUCCUCUUUCCCCUGGGAGAGAUUCCCGAGGAAGUGAGCUUUAGUGUGGGUGUUACUGGCUUCAAACACGCGAGGAGAAGUGACGACAAGUUCACCAUAAGUUGGUGUGCAAAAAGUUCUACAAAACAGUUUCCGAUAGUAGAGUUUACCGACUGCGAGGGCCAAGUGCAGAACGAGCUCCAGCUCGUUCGUCUUGCCAACCCCAGAAACGGGAUGAGGCCGAGUGUGUCCAUUUGCUUAAAGACGCGGGGUUCGUCCGUAUCGUUGACUGUCGCAUACAAACUCGAUUACUUUGUCAACUUCAAAAACGCUGUAACCAAGGAGAUCCUGAACUUGCUUUCUGGCCUUCUCUUUUCCGCCACGGACUCUGCAGAAGAAAGCGGUUCAGUUUCAGCGGAACUGUUUUACAGUGCUGUGUAUGCGCACACGGAAAAGAUGCCCCCGUUUGAAGACGAUUUCGACAUACCUGAGUUGGAAACGACUUUGCUAAAGUUUCAGAAAAAGACUGUCAACUGGAUGCUAUCGAUGGAGAAUGCCCGAUAUAAUUCUGACGAUAGUCGAUGCACCCAGGUGCCCUUUGUCACGAAAGAGGAUUUGCGCAAUGACGAAAAAGUGCUAUCUGCCAUGAACAAAUUGUCUCCCGGGUGGAAGGGGCCCAUAGCUUUCAAUAACCAAGAACUAUAUUUCAACGCCAUCACCGGCCACAUCUCGACAAUGAGCCACCUUUGCUCGUUUUUGGAAAAUUACUUGAGCAGCGAGGACAAGAGUCAGUACCCAACUGUGCUCCCGGCAAAGGGACUCUUGUGCGAAGAGAUGGGGUUGGGCAAGACGGUGGAGUCGGCUGCAACUAUAUUGUUGAACCAGAGGCCUCUCCAGGAUGUCGACCAGAGGGUGAAGCGACCUCUCAGCUCCGUUGGUGACUACAAGAUGGUCAUCAAGAGCAGGGCCACCUUGAUCAUUGCUCCCGUUACAAUCAUCAAACAAUGGCAAGAAGAGAUCUUGAGACUCGCGCCUUCGCUUUCCAUCAUCGAGUACACGGGCGUGAGCUCCUACAAGAUGUUCAACUACAAGCCUGCCAUUAUUGCCGAGUACUUGAACAAGUUCGACAUUGUGUUUGCCACUUAUUCGGUCAUCUCCAAGGAAUUGGACUAUGCAAAGUUUUCAAACAACUUGAGAAAGACUCGCGCGGCUCGCAAGGAUUCGCUUUUUUGCAAAGAGCCAACAGAUUUGACGGGCCACGUGGAAAAAAUCGAGUCUCUGCGUUCGGAUGCCGAGACCAUAUACUAUUCACUAAAGUCAAAGCCACCACCGAGGGCCAAUAUCAAAUCCAGCGAUGAGCAGCCUUUCACCGAUUAUGAACAAGCGCUCCAGGACGAGAUUGCAUUGAGCUUGAAGCAUAACGAAGUACCAGAUUGGUACCAAGCCAUCGAUUAUGCAUGCCCUUUGAUGUUGAUGGAGUUCUGGAGGUUGAUUUUGGACGAAGUUCAAAUGGUAUCACUGAGUAUGACCAGAGCUUUCCAAAGCGCACAAAUGAUCCCGCGAUUCCACAGCUGGGGGGUGUCAGGAACACCCAUCCAGAAGGACUUGAACGACCUUUAUUCCUAUUUAAAGUUUCUCCAGUUUUACCCUUUCGACUCGAACAUUGGAGACCUCGGCUGGUAUAACUUGACGAGCAAUUACGAGCUUUUUAAACAGUUUUGGUCCACUAUAGCGAUACGACAUACGAAAGCUAUGGUUCGCAACGAUAUCCGCUUACCUGCACAGAACCGGAUCCUUUUAACGAUACCUUUCACGCCGAUUGAGCAAGAAUUCUACGACGAAAAGUUUGCCGAGUUUUCAGCUGCCAUUGGCUUGGACCGCGAAGGGAAUCCACUUGGAAGCGACUUUGAAACAACAAAUUUGCAGCAGACCAUGAGAAGUUGGCUUCGCAGAUUGCGGCAAAUCUGUUGUUCGCCGCAAGUGGGUAUGUUGGAAAUGAGCCACUCGAGGCCGCGAAAGUCGCGACUACACGAUUUUGUAGAGCCCUUGGAAUCGUUGGAGAAAUUGUUGGACGACAUGUUGACUCGUCUGUAUGGCGAAGUCACCGAGAAGGAGAGAAGACAAGUCGAAUUGGUUUCCCAGUUGUGCGAAUUCUUGGAGUUUAUCUACCGGCCGCAAGAUGCCAUCAAGUAUUUGAAAAGUGGAAUCAUCGAAACAAGAAAGAUUAUUCGCAGGCUCGAAGUCGUGCUUGGCAAGUACUUGCAAGAUUUCCGAAACGAUGCCUCGGGAAGUAACCUGGAAAGGAAAGAUGAUGACGAGAUUGGCAGGAUUGGCCACCACGAGCAGCCCAAUUCGGACGAAUCCCAUUUGGAGUCCAAAAUCAGCUCCAUUCGGUUGCGUUUGAGAAAUUGGUUGGUGACUUUGCACAAAUUUUAUUUCCUAUUUGCAUCAGCAAAUUUCCAAUUGUACGAUAAAGAGUUUCAGCUGCAUAUUGAAAAAUACAGAGUCGAGGUAGAUCUCGACUCCAUUCUUGAAGAAAGUUUUGGUCAAUACAAGGGCGACGAGCGAGCCGACGAACUUGCUUCGGUUGUCAGUUCUGUCCCCAUGGCUGAUUUUAAACAUGAGGAGAAACUUGAUGAACUAAUGGACACGCCGCAAGAAAAUGAAACCAAGUUUUAUGAGUUGGCAGAGCAGAUCCGUGCCCUUAUUUUAAAGCAAAGUUUGGAGCAGUUGGGCAAAGCUUUGCGUGAAAGGAUUUUUGACCGUACAUUUUACACAAAUUGGGACCAGUCUCUUGUAGAUGAGGGUCUUUGGCUACUACCCAAAACAUCAAAAAGAUUUUUUAACGUUUUACCUACGAUAAAAAUUGCCGAGUUGGAGGAGCUAGCCUUGAAUGCCACUGUGGCCACUUUUAUAAGGAAUUUAAAAAGAACAGUGGAGCCAUUAAACAAAAACGCUUCCGAGCUCAAUAGCGGCUUCAAAGAACUCGUGGAUCUUCUUUCGGAGAAAGUCACCGAAAAGAGCACAAAUCCAGACGAUAACGAAUACGACAAUGGUUUAAAGAACCAGGAGGCGAUUGCAUCUUCUUUGUCCCUGUUGGGCGAGAAACUCGUCGAAAGAAACCAUUUGAUUCUAGGGCAAACAGAUGUGAUAUCGAAACCUGGCAGCACAUUCAACUCGCAGGAACCGAUAUUCUCGGACUUGAUUGCGGAAUUGGGUUCAAUCGAAUACGAUGCAAAGGAGUCUGCCAAUGCCUCUUCCUCGGCCGAAGCCGAGGUCAUUCAAGCCAUUGCUCAAAGGGUGCGAACGAUAUUUGAAAAUCAAAAGCUUGCUUUUAGUUUAUUCAAUAGAGAGCUCAACGUGCACUGCAACAGCAUUUUCAAUUUGAGGGUCGAUUACUAUAGGCAACUUCAACAGAUUUCGGACUCGGUGGCUGCUCCCAAGUAUGACCCAUUCGAUCGCAAGAAUUUGAGGGCGCCACACAUUGAGGCGCAGUUGCGCAAGCUAACAAGAACCUUUGAGCGUACUCACCUGUCGAUGGACUCGAUGGUUGCGAGGUUGAGAUACCUCUCUGAGUUGGUGAAGGAGUCAAAUGCCGAGGGCAAAGAAAACGUCGAGAUGUUGUGCAUCAUUUGCCAGUCCGGAAUCACUGUUGGAUCGCUAACAACGUGUGGCCACAAGUUCUGCCGGGAAUGUUUGGACCACUGGAUCAAGAACUCGCAGCAGAGCUACUUUGGCUUUGCCAAUAGAAGACCAAGAUGCCCCAUGUGCAACACGGCCAUUGACCAUGGCUCGGUGUACAAUUUCAGCAGAUAUGAGCUGUCCUUGAAAGGCAAUGAGAUACACGAUGGUGGCCACCAAGCCGCCUCUGGUUUGCAUGGUGUUUACAAAGGUGUCGAGGAUUACAUUCUUCGAGAGAUUGAAGAUAUCAAAUUGAAAGCCACUUAUAGCUCCAAGAUUGACAUGAUUGUCAAGCAGGUUCUCUAUUUACGCAGCAAAGACCCUAGCGUACAAAUCAUCAUUUUCAGCCAGUGGCAAGACAUGUUGUACAUUUUGAGCUCUGCGUUGAGGGCAGCAAAAGUCACCUUUUUGACGUUUGAUGGCGAGAGCAGCAAUAGGACUAGAAGCAAGAGGCGCACAUGGCCCGGGGCCGUUGAAUUAUUCAAGGACCCAAGCAAUGGGUUCACUUGCUUUUUGUUGAAUGCCAAUGCACAAUCAAGUGGCUUGACUUUGGUCAACGCAACCCAUAUUUUCCUUUGUGAGCCAUUACUAAACACCUCGCUUGAGCUCCAAGCGAUAUCAAGAAUCCAUCGAAUCGGUCAAAGAAAGCCAACCACUGUGUGGAUGUUUGCGAUUGAAAAUACCGUGGAGGAGAAUAUUGUUGUUACUUCAACAAACAAGAGAUUGAAAUUGCUCCACCAUAAAAACGGCCUGGGACAUGGUCAUCACGAUGAUGGUGAUGAUUAUGAGUAUGAUAACGAUGAUAUUGAUGGUGGUGAGCUCAACGAGCGCGAUCUCGUGCAAGCCGACUCUUUAUCGGUGAUGAGCAACAUCGGUAUUGUACUGCACAAACAGCGUGCAGAAGGAGAAGUAGUUACGGAUACUGACUUGUGGGACGGUCUUUUCAGCAAAAAGCUGUUGAAACAUGAAACAGGUAGGGCUACGGCCACCGCGACGGCCACGAGUAGAUGA